GAUUCGCCCAUUUUCUCGUUAUUCUAUGUUUUUUGUUAUCUACAUUUAGUGCCAAAAAAAAAACAAACAAAUAUAGAUAGAAUAUUCAUCAUGUUGUCAUCAUCAUCAUCACCCAGCAUCAACAGAAGUCGUAGUCGAAAAUUUUUUUCCAACAAUUCAAUUUCACGCCUUACAUCAUCGAGGAUAAACAUUGCCGAAUAUAAAAAUGAUUAUAAUUAUGAUAAUAUUAAUAAAAAUAGAAUGAAAAUGAUGACAAAUUCAAAUCAUAAGUUUUAUUCAUCAUUUCUAAUUUUUGCUUAUAUUUUAUUAAUUAUUGUUACCCUUAAAACUACAAUUGUAAAUGGUAACAAUAAUAUUUGUGGUGCAACAGAAAAUUUUCUUUUCUGUAAUUGUGAUAAUGGGGAUAAUGCCCAAGAAGCUGCAUGUUUUACUUUGGGUGAAAAUAUUUUGGCUAAUGAUGCAAAAUGGGAUCUGUUUGCUGAACAUAAAUCAUUAAAACGAUUAAAAUUAAGCGGUUAUAAUAAUGUUUCGUUACGACAAUUUCCACAAAAAUUAUUCAAUAACCAAACAUUACGUGAUUCAUUACAUGAUGUGAUUCUAAGUGAUCUUCAAUUCAAAACAUUACCAACUGGUGCUUUUAAAAAUAUGGGCCAAGUACGAUUGAUUGAAAUUUCGCUAGGUUCACGUAUGGAAAUUCAAGAAAAUGCAUUCGAUAAUCUAACUAGCCUGGAAAAGAUUGUCAUGACCAAAAACAAUAUUACAAAAUUACCAAGAAUGUUUCGUAAUGUUUCAUCAUUGAGAGAAAUAUAUUUUGAAGAUAAUAAUAUUGUUACAUUUGAACGUGGUGUAUUCAAACCGCUUAAAAAUUUAAAUUAUCUUACAUUAGAUAAUAAUAAAAUUGAAACAUUAUCCGCUUAUUAUUUUGAUGGUCUUGUUGAAUUAAAUUCAUUAGAUUUACGUUUCAAUCAAAUCAAACAUUUACCAAGUCGUGUGUUUGAACAAUUGACUAAAUUAGAAAUAUUAGAUUUAAGCCAUAAUCAAAUUGAAGAUAUUGAUGAAAAAGCAUUUGUUGGCUUAAUACAAUUGAAAGAACUACAAAUGAAAUUUAAUAAAUUGACACAUAUUGGUACACAACUACGAAUAAUGGCCAAUUUGAUUGAAAUUGAUUUAGAUGGUAAUCAAUUGCAAGCACUUUCUAAAUAUUCAUUUCAUCGUCCUGAUCAAAAACGUUUUGUCAAUAUAAAGAUUCGAGAUAAUCAAAUAUAUUGUAAUUGUCAAAUAUUUUGGCUAAAAGAUGCAUUCGAAAUGAAUCCAGAAAAUCGUAAUUAUAAUGACAAAAUACGUUGUUAUCUUGGUCAAGGACAAUAUUCCAAUAGUCAAACUAUUGUACAAUAUUUAAUGAAUAAUAAAACAAUUGAACAAUGUACAAUACCAUUACCACCAACAAUGGCCACUAUUGAUGAUGAUGAUAAUGAAACGGUACCGAUUGAAACAAUUGAUUCCGUGGAUGAAGAAAAUGAACAAAUUGAUAGAGAUUUAGUUGAUGAACCAAUAGAUGGCGAUAAAAAUGUUGAUGAACCAGAAAAAAUUGAAAAAAUCGAGGAAUUUAAAGAAAAAUCGGAUUCUUUUGAUAAUAACAACAAAAAUGAACCGCCACAAUUAAAUGUAGCCGGAUUUGAUCGUACUAAUAAAGAUAAUGGAGCAUGUUCACUACGUUUAUGGAAUUCAACAUUCUUUCUAUCAUUAUUAUUGAUCUUCUUGUAUCACUGCCAAUGAAUACAUUUUUUUAAAUUAUAUAACUGAAAUUAAAAAACCGCACAUAAACACAUUUA